UAAUCCGCCAUUUUGAUAAUGGCGACCUACAUUGAUCGGUUGAGAUAAUAAUACAAAUGAAAGCAUUUCCAUGUAUUGUACCUAAUUGAAGUACGAUAUUCAAACGUUAUUAUUUAAAUAGUAAACAUGACAAACCUAACUGAAGGCGACGAAUCAGCAGAAUUAGCCCGUUCAGAAAAUGGCGAUUCGACAUCAAGCGAACUCGAACGUUUACAAAAUUCGUCCCCAUGUCCCUCUGGGACCGAAUCACCAACUGAGCGAGGAAUAGCAAAAUCAAAGAAACAAGAACAGCACAUUUUAAGAAUUAUUGCAGAAGCUACAAAGCUAGGGACGAAUACUUUAGAUUUGAGCAAUAAGGGAAUGCGUCAGUUUCCUUCAGAAAUCUUGGAAAUGCCACAGUUGGAGUAUCUUUACAUAGAAGGCAAUGAAUUGACAGCAAUACCUGAUGAGUUGUUUGACAGGCUGCCCAAUCUGAAAUGGCUGGACCUGCGGCGCAACUAUCUGGUGCGGCUGCCUAGUGUGUACACGGGCAGACAUAAGAAUCUCCGUAACCUACUGCUGGAGGGAAACAAUCUACGGACUCUACCUCUUGAACUGGGUUUGAUAAAGUCCUUACAUGGCCUAAACAUCAACAACAACCCUCUUGAGUUCCCGCCUCCAAGCAUCAUAGAGAAAGGGACAACAGAGGUCUUGAAGUUUUUACGAGAGAUGAUCCAGACAAAGACCUCAGGAAAACUACAGAACCCCGGAACGCCAUCACGCGUAAGAACCGGCUUACGGCGGUCUGCCCAUGCAAACAUCAAAGCCCACUCAGCCCGCCUCGCCUCCCAGCAGUUCCCUCUGUUAGAGGUCGAGGAACCCUUGGAUCCGCCCUCAGGGUGGGGCCCAGACCAGGCCGGGCAAGUGGACCCAGCAGGAGAUAAUCACCUAGAUAUUGACGAGGGUUCAAGCAGUUCUGACAACUGGGAGGACGAUGAGGGGGACCUACGGCAGUACGCCUACAGACGGGCACACGAACGCACGCUCUCCACGACUGAGCAAGCCCGUCAGACCGCGCCAGGCCAGAUCGCACCCAUCAACAAAUCGGCUGAGCUUCAUCGACCUGUAAGCUACACGUCCUUGAAACAGACCAAGAAUGAAAAGUUGAAAAAAGCUGGUGCUAUGGGCAUUAUUCCAAGACGGGAGCAAAAGGUUAGGAAAUCUAGUUCUAAGCCAAUCAGCCAGAGUGGCUCAGUGGAAACAAUACGGAAGCCCCACUCUGCCACAAGUGUUCUAGACUGGAAGGUGAAUCCCUACCCAGAGCCCCCAUCGGCUGACUAUGUGAGCCUGCGCGCCCGAGAGGAACGGCAGAUGGCGAAGGAGCGGGAAUUCAAAGAGAAAACGGAUAUCAUACUUCAGAGACGCAAAGAUGAGGAACUGCUGAAAGGCUGGCGAAUGGAGACAAAGCGAUUGCAGCAGAAGAGAUACUUUGAGAGCCUGCGCAAUGGAACCAAAGACUUCCUUGACCCUGUUGAAGGAGCGCCCUUUGACAUUGACAGAGACUACAUCAAGAUUCCAACCAAUGAGGAAAGAAUUAAGCAAGAUGUGAAGUCGGCUCAUGAGAAAAUACGCCGUGCUGUGUCACCGGCAACAAGACAACGCAUUGAGGAGGAAAAGGCUCAGAGAAUUCUGCAGCUGGAGAAGCGAAUCAAGACUCACACAAGUCAGAUGCACGACAGACGCAAGGCGCCCAAGGGCACGCCUCAGGAGGAAAUGGAGGCCGCGCGCAAGGAGCUUGAAGUGGCUGAGGCAUUGCAUCGCGAGCUGAUUGCGCGUCGUAAGGACAUGGAGUACCGCUUUAAGGCAUUUGUAGCCGACGUGCCUACCUCGUACGCUCGCACACGCUCCCUCAAACCAAACAAAUGAACGUGUUAAUGGUUGAAUUUUGUAGCAUAUAAAGUGCAGAUUUAUAGGAUGCGUAGAUAGAGAGUAGGGAGGAUAAAUAUAGGAUGCUUGAUAUAGUCAGGCUGUCAACCAAUCCAACUCAGCCUGGCUCUGGGAAAACGGGGUUUAAGGCAUGUGAGUAAUAAGUUAUCCCUGUAAAGUCUGUGCACUCUGCAAAGGCUUAUCAGGGACUACACUUUAACCCUUUGCAUGCUGGGAAAUUUGUCGUCUGCUAAAAUGUCGUCUGCUGAAUUUGUAAAAUUAGCAUUUUCUUUGAUUUUUUUCAUAGAAUACUAUUAGAAUCGCAAACAGUUUGGAUCCAGAUGAGACGCCACGUUCUGUGGCGUCUCAUCUGGAUCCAAACUGUUUGCAAAGGCCUUCAAAAUUCUAUUCCAGCGCUGAAAGGGUUAACUAGAUUAAAAUAGACUUCUGUUAAACAAAAAAUGCAAUAAACCGGAAAGUGUCGUCCCUGAUUAGACUUGUGCAAACUUCACAAGCUAAUCUGGGAGGACACUUUUCUCACAUGCAUUAAACCCUAUUUUCCCAGAGCAUAUCUGAUUUACUUCUUAAAUGCUGGAAAGAACUCGUUUAUUUUGAUUGUACUAUAAUUAUGUCCACUAUAUUUCAUAAUUUAAGAAUUUUUCCUGUCAUUUUUAGCUCACCUGAGCACAACGUGCUCAUGGUGAGCUUUUGUGAUCGCCUUUCGUCUGUCGUCCGUCGUGCGUUGUCCGUUGUGCGACAUCAACAUUUGCCUUUUUCACUCUCUAAAGGCCACAUUUAUUGUCCAAUCUUCAUGAAAUUUGGUCCGAAGAUUGGUUUCAAUGAUAUCUUGGAUGAGUUUGAAAAUGGUUACGUUUGCUUGAAAAACAUGGCCGCCAAGGGGCAGGGCAUUUUUCCUUAUAUGGCUAUUUACGGCUAUAGCAAAAUCUUGUUAACACUCUAGAGGCCACAUUUAUUGUCCGAUCCUCAUGAAACUUGGUCAGAAGAUUCAUCCCAAUGAUAUCUUGGUUGAGUUUUAAAAUGAUGUCGGUUGGUUGAAAAACAUGGCUGCCAAGGGGCGCGGCAUUUUUCCUUAUAUGGCUUUAGUAAAACCUUGUUAACACUCUAGAGGCCACAUUUAUUUUCCGAUCUUCAUGAAACUUGCUCAGAUGAUUUGUCCCAAUGAUAUCUUGGAUGAGUUAAAAAAUGGUAAACUUGGCUUGAAAGACAUGGCUGCCAAGGGGCGGGGCAUUUUUCCUUAUAUGGCUAUCUAUGGCUAUAAUAAAAUCUUGUUAACUUUCUAGUUUGCUCAAUCUUCAUGAAAUUUGAUCAGAACAUUGGUUUCCUGUGUAGUAAAGUUUGGUUUUAUUAUGUCAAUAUUAUGUGACAUUAACUGUAUUAUGUAAUUUUUCAUAGCAAAGAAUUUUCAUAGUUAACAUAACUGUUUUAGUCAUUAACACUUAUGAUAAGCCUUUCAACUAAGAGAUAACUGAAAGAAAGACAACAUGUACAUGAUUUUGCAGUAUUUAUGCAGUAUUUAUCUCCCUUGUUUUAUCUGAUUCAGUAAUUUAUUUUUAGUUCUGCUCUGGAAUUUGGGAAGAUAUUGAUCAUUGAUAAAUGCACUGUUCUGAGGGAAAAUUGACUACUCUGCCAUUGAUCUCUUCUGAACUGUAUAAAAUAAGCUGUUUUGGCUGAUUUAAACACCUCUUGAUGUUUUCUUGAAAAGUUAACAGCUCUUGAAAAAGGUUGGAAUUUUUAAAUAAUUAUUCUCUAAAUAAUUUUUAACACCAGCAUCAAGACAUUUUGGCAUUAUUAUGCCCUCCUUCGAAGAAGAGGGGGUAUAUUGCUUUGCACAUGUCGGUCUGUCGGUCGGUCUGUCGGUCGGUCUCUCGGUCGGUCGGUCCGUCCACCAGGUGGUUUCCGGAUGAUAACUCAAGAACGCUUGGGCCUAGGAUCAUGAAACUUCAUAGGUACAUUGAUCAUGACUUGCAGAUGACCCCUAUUGAUUUUCAGGUCACUAGGUCAAAGGACAAGAUCACAGUGACCCGAAAUAGUAAAAUGGUUACCGGAUAAUAACUCAAGAACGCUUAGGGCUAGGAUCAUGAAACUUGAUAGGUAGAUUGAUCAUGACUCGCAGAUGACCCCUAUUGAUUUUCAGGUCACUAGGUCAAAGGUCAAGGUCACAGUGACCCGAAAUAGUAAAAUGGUUUCCGGAUGAUAACUCAAGAACGCUUAUGCCUAGGAUCAUGAAACUUCGUAGGUAGAUUGAUAAUAGCUGGCAGAUGACUCCUAUUGAUUUUCAGGUAACUAGGUCAAAGGUCAAGGUCACGGUGACACGAAAUAGUAAAAUGGUUUCGGGAUGAUAACUGAAGAACGCUUAUUCGUAGGAUCAUGAAACUUGAUAGGUAGAUUGAUCAUGUCUCGCAGAUGACCCCUAUUGAUUUUCAGGUCACUAGGUCAAAGGUCAAGGUCACGGUGACCCGAAAUAGUUAAAUGGUUUCUGGAUGAUAACUCAUUCUCUAAAUUAUUAUUAUUUAGAUCAUUUCUAUUUGGCAUUUUCUAAAUAAGAAAGACUCUACUUCAAUAACUUUAGUAGAUUUUUCUUAUUUUUACAUUUGAUCCACUGAAGUUUCCUAAUCUGCAUAAAUAUUGUUCUUUAGAUUAAAUUAGACCUCUUUUGUAAACUAGAUUUUUGAAGCCUUUUCUAGACUAACAGUAACUUAUAUUUAUAUCAGUUUUUUUGACAGAUUUUGAUAUUACAUUCAUUAGGUAUUUGCUGUAUGUUGUUCAUUUUUGAAACGAUACUUAGAUUCUUUAGACUUGGCUUGUACCUGUUCUUAAUUUUCUGUCAUUGUUCUUCAUUUUCCGAGUUCUUGGAAUAAAAAUUAGUUAUUUUUGUUAAAGCUGCCUUGGUUUUCACUUAUAAAUAAAUUCUUUGAGUGUAUUUAGGCGUAUCUGACUGAACACCUUUAGUUAAUUGAAUUACAACCAGUCAGUAUAUUCAUCCUGACAGGAAAUAAGAGUUUGUCAAAUAAAUAUUUCCGCAAUACAUAAGUGCUCACAAAGUUUACAUAACUUGUAACUGUCCUGUGACCGGUUCAUUUGCGUAAGCGAAGGAGACCGCACUACCACACCUGGAUAGGACAGUUGAGUUCGAUAAUGGUUUGGAUCGGUAAAAAAAACAUGGCCGCCAGGGUGGGGGGUCUUAUUCCUUAUAUUUGUAUAGUAAAAAUGAUUGUGAACAUUCUAGAAGUCACAUGUUUUGCCUAAUCAUCAUGAAAUUUUGUCAAAACAUUAGUUAUGUGGAUGUCUUGGACGAGUUCGAAAAUGGUCAUUAUCAGUUAAAAAACAUUGCCGCCAGGGAGUGGGGCAGUUUUCUUAAUAUGUAUAUAGUGAAAACAUGUGAACAGUCUAGAAGACACAUUUUAUUCCCAUUGAAUCUUCAUGAAAUUUGGACAUAUCUUGGAAGAGUUUAAAAAUGGUUCAGGUCUGUUAAAAAAAACAUGGCCGCCAAGGGGCCAUUUGUUGUUCAUUCUUCAUGAUACUUGGUUAGAACUUUUGUUCCAUUGAUAUCUUCGGCUGCAAAGAACAGAUCAUUUCUUUUUAUCUCAGGUGAGCUACUUUGGGUCUUUCAGGCCCUCUUGUUUAGAUGUAUGGUCAUUCAUACAGCACAAUUGGUCCGUAAACAGUAUAUAUCAAAAAUAAAUAUAGUAAUGUUAAUUUGAUUUUUUUCUAAUACCUUUUUAUGUACAUUUUCCAUAUAUUGUUCCUAUAGAACAUGGUUGACAGCCUGUAUCUAGUUGGAAUAGUCGUUAUAAGACUUAAACAUAGCUAGUCAACAUAGGAUUUUAUUAAGACCUCAUUUUAGGUGUCAUGAGAAUGUAAAUAUGUGUUAAUAUGAUAUGUGCAUAGCUGGAAAAAUUGGGUUUAAUGCAUGUGAUUUAAGUGUCCUCCAAAAAUAUAUAUAGUCUGUGCAGCCUGCAAAUGCUUAUCUGGGACAACACUUUCCUUUUAAACUGGAUUUUUGACCUCUUACCUCCUUAAAACAAAAAAUGACCUAAAAUCUGAAAGUGAUGUCCCUUAUUAUCCUUUCAGACUGCACAGUCUAACUCUUUAAGUGCUGGAACCGAAUUUUGAAGGCCUUUGCAAAAAGUUUGGAUCCAGAUGAGACACCACAGAACGUGGCGUCUCAUCAGGAUCCAAACUGUUUGCUAUUCUGAUAGUAUUCUUUGAAAAAAAAUGAAGAAAAUGCUUAUUUUAGAAAUUCAGCAGACAACAUUUUAGCAGACGACAAAUUUCCCAGCAUGCAAAGGGCUAAUUUGGGACAACACUUUACAACAUGCAUACGAUCAGUUGUCAACUCCCUGUGUGAUACAAUAUACUAUACAACAUAUUUAGUACCUUGUUCAGUUUAUUUUAAUGCAACUAUUAAGGAGAAAGUGCCAUUAAAAAUGUUCGUCUAUUGUUCUGCCUUAUACCUCCAUUUUGUAACAGGGCCAAAUUCUUUUGUCCUUGUUGUCCGGUGAAACUGGAGGGGACUUAUGAUUUGCGCUCUGUGUGUCGGUCAGUCAGUCUGUCUGUCACACUUUUCUGGAUCCUGCGAUAACAUUUUAAAGUUCUUCAUAUAUUUUCAUGAAACUUGAAACAUGGAUAGAUGGCAAUAUGGAGAUUAUGCACAUCAUUUCAUUUUGUUCAUACGUCAAGUAUUCUGGUUGCUAUGGUGUAGUUUCAACGGUAGGGGACAUAUAUUGCUUGGCAAUAGUCUUGUUUGGUUUGUUCUGUCUUUCAUAAUUUUAUAUGAUUUGCCUUCAUUGUCAUUGGUUAAAAUACGACAUGGUAUAUUACAAGUCAGAUUAAUUUAGUUUCACACAUUUAGCUUUUAUGCAUAUAUGCACACUCUGGGUAUGUAUGUUGAUUUCUUAGUAUGUUUUUCUUAUUUUGGCAUAAAAUUCAAUUAUUUGUUUGCCUGAUUGUAAUUCCAGUUUAUUACAAUUUAUUAUCCUUAUACUAAUAACAAUUUUUCAAAUGUAUCUGGAAUGUUAUUUAAUUGUUUUGUAUUUAUUUUAUUUUAUUUUAUUUAAGUCUGAAAAAGAGUACACAUAUUAAAAUUAUAAAUAUUUUUUGAAUUCCAUUGCAAUGAAAAUGUGUGUAAAUAUUGUUUUCAUUGAAUGAUAAAAGAACAAAGAUGAUCUUUGGUUGUGAAUAGAAUAAAGUGUUUGUGUAUUUUUUACAGUAUUAGAUAGUGAUAACAUACAGUAUUGCAGGAGAGACAUUUACUACAUUAUGAACCAUAGCAAAGAACUGUUUGUUCUACCCAUUCUAUGCAAAGGACAUUUGAAAUACUCAAAUCACAGAUGAAAUUUGAAAUAUUUAUAAUUUGUUGUUGGUAUGCAAAGCUCAGUUUUAAUUGUUACCAAAUAGACACCAAGUGCGUUUAUAUGCACAUUAUUUAUCAAGAAUUACCAGUGAAAUACAUUCAUUAAAUAUAUUCCAGAUUUUGUUGGAUUCAGGGUUACCCUAGAUGAAUGCACAUUAAAUGUUUCAAAAUGCCCACAGAUUUUUUGAUUGCCAAUCAGUUUUUAGCUACCAGUACUUUUAUAACAUGCUAUUGUCAAUCUAUAUCUUGCAAUAAUUUGUGUAAAUUGCUGUCUUUGAUGUGAUGGUUUUUAGAAAUCAGUAGUGUUUGUGAAAACAGUAGUAUUUGUUAAAACACAUUUUAGUGAAAAGUGUGUUUAUGCAUCAUAUUUUCACUAAAAUUUUAUGAAUGCAUACUUUAUGGUCCUCUGCACACAUGUUUGUAGUUUUUAAAAGUCCUUGUUAUUAGGCUGUAGUUAUUGUACGAUUGUAGUGAUGCAAAAUGUGCUAUAUUGUGUUAUUUUUAUUUAUUCAGUUUCGUGAAAUUUGUUGCCAGUAGGUCGGUCUAGUAGAUAUUUGAAUGUUUUUGUUUGUUUAGUGACGUUAAAAGAACAUGAACACACAUUUAUUGUGUAAUGGAAAUGUACCAUUGAUUGAGACAUUUUGUCACAUUAUUUCAUAUUUUAAUAUGAAAAAAACCAUUAUACAUUUACUUGAUACAAUUGUCAAUACUUUCUAAAACGAUCAGACAUCAUUUGAUGCAAAUUUCUCAUUCCAAGCCCUUUUCCUACUGGUUUACGACAAAGGAAUUAUUAAAAAAUGAUCUUAAUGCUUGAAUGUUCUCUUUUAUGCAAAUUUUACAAUAUCUUGUAUGUUCUUUCAAGUGACUGUAGUGUAUAUCCAAACAUGUUUAACUGAUUUAAUUAUUAUUUUUGCAGAAUCGGCAUAUUGUGUCAAUGCCCUUUCAUUUUCCCCUGCUUUGCAAGCAUGUUUCUUUCCAUGAAUAAUUUUGUCAAUAUUUAUAUUUUGAUCUCAAAAAUGUGCAUUGUUAAUAUAUAUAAAAUGGUUGUGAUAAAUAAUUAAGUAAUAUUGAUUUCAUUUGUCAACAUUCAAAAUUUAAGCAAUACUAAAACAAUAUAUUUAUAUAAAGUACACAUGUACUCACACGUACAGUAAUCACAUGAAUUAUAUCUAUUAUGUUAACCAAAAGUUAAUAUUUUGAAAGGUUGACAUUAUUGUGCCUCCAAGUAUUGAAAGGCAUUAAGCAUUCCACUUGUCCGUCCAUAUGUAUGUCAAAGUGUCCCGAAGCUGGCAUUUUGGACUCCUCUUUCACUGCUAUAUGCAUCUCACGCAUUUGGAACAUAUGUAUUCAAAGUUGAAUGAGCUUAAUGUGUAGAUGAUAUUCAUGAAAUGCUCUUUGACUGUGAUGAUCUUGUAAGAAUUAUUGCACUUUGGGUUUUUCCACUGUAGUAGAUGCAGUUCCGAAAAUGUGUUUGUUCAACUCAUAUUACUGCAUGGUGGAUUGUUUUCAAUCUUUGACAGCUGAAUACGUAAAUGAUUAAUAUGGAAGGAAUUUAGACUGCGACCAGUUUUGGGCAAACUGGUCCGUGUCUUUUUUUCUGCUGUAUAAAAUAUAGUGAAUUUGUCUGUGUUAAAAUAUGCAUUGUGGGGCAGCAGUGUCUGUGACAUAUUCUUGUUAAUUUAGUAUUAAUUCAUCUUAAGAUUUAGUUUACGGAAAUAUGUAAGUAUUUUCAAUGGCAAUUGAAUUUGAAUCAAAUGUUUUCAUUUAUUGAAAAAUGAACAAAAUCAACACAUAGUAAACUAAGUCCGAUUUGAUUUUAUGUUAUACUUGUUAUCUAUAGCUAUGCAUAAAGAACUUGGCAGCCUGUUGCUAAUGUAUCUCGGAUGACGUGUGAUGUGUCACUCAUUCAAUUUUACUGGUAUGCUAUAUUUAUGUGUUUUAGAUUCGAUAUCCUUUAUUAAUGUGUUUUACAUUCGAAUCUAUAACUAUUUCCGAAGUGAUAUCUACUGUUAUUUAUUAUGAUUAUAAUAUUAUUAUUGUACAUAGCAUGUGCUUUUAUUGCCAUUAAUAUUUAGGAAAAGAAGCCAUACUAUUAGUAUUAAA